AUGUCUCAAAGCUGGACUUGGCUUAAAAUGGCUUUUAUGCAUUUGUUGGAUGCUAAUAUUUUAAAUAUUACUUCUUUUCCAGCAAAGUUGUUAAGUUGGUUCAGGACAUUUGCAAUAGAAGUAACUGGUGAAACAGAAGCCAGCGAAUUAGUUAGGUUAAAUGAUUCGACAGAAGUUAAAGAGAACUGUGAGGAUAAGGACUUCUUGGAGCUAGGACUUCACGAAGAAGAAGGUCUGUUUGGUGAUACAGGCUCACUGUUUCCGGAGAGACCGAAUCUUGAUAGCAGCCUUAAUCUUGGAAGUUCUGUUUGUCCCUGUGCAAUUGAUCUUAGCACUUUGCAGAGCCCAAUGUCGAUGAGUAGAAGUCCGGACGGAAACAUGGAGUGGAUGAUUAAUACAGGUAGUAAUCUUGAUUCUCCUUCUCAAACAGUGGUGGAAGAGCCGCUGUCGCCACGAAAUAGUUCGUCGACCGCACUCUCAAAGGAGGAAGAAGGACAAGAAGGUAAAGAUAAAUUUGUUUGUCACUACUGUGAUGCUGAAUUUCGCAUAAGAGGAUACUUGACUCGUCAUAUUAAGAAGCAUGCUGUUGAGAAGGCCUAUCAUUGCCCAUAUUUCAACAGCACCGCGCCACCGGAGACACGUUGUCAUACUACUGGUGGUUUCUCUAGGAGAGAUACUUAUAAGACUCAUUUGCGUUCUCGGCAUUUUAUCUAUCCAGAGGGUAUUAAAACACAGGACAGGAAUAAAUCGCCCGGGCAUUGUGCUCACUGUGGUAAAUGGUUUGAAAAUACCUCGAAAUGGAUCGAGAAGCAUAUUGAGAGCGGAUCAUGUUCUGGUUUGCCAGAGGGGACUAUUUUGCCAGCGAAAAGUGCCCGAAAGGCUGGUAAAUUGAAGAUGAUAAAAACAUCUACUGGACACUCGCGAUUUAUCACAACUCAACAAAGUGUCGUGGAACCUAAGGUGCUAUUAAAUAAGGAAGCGAUCGAAGCCAUGCAGAUUGUUGUGAAUGAAACAAAUAACAGCGGCCAACCUGCCUUGACUAAAUUGAGUGACAACAGAAUAAUGUUGAACUCUACUAAUUUCAAAGGCGAUGCAAAAUAUAAGACAGCUAUCAAGCGACAAAGACAGAGAAGGCUCAAUGUGGGCCAUAACUUUGUAACUCCUACUCCUCGUACUGCUAAUGAAUCGAUAAUUCCCGUUACUACUGGUAGUAGUUCUAUUUCCGCUGGUCAACAUUUGGGCGGGCAGGUUUACCAUCCAAUGGCCCUUUCUCAGUCAUCGACGCAGUACACAUUUAGAACUCCAGACGAGGCUCCUUUGGACGAGAUUUGUCUCUCCAUAAACCCUUCACCCGCUGAAGAUGCCAGCUUGGAGCCAGUAAGAUCGGCUUCAUCGUUGUCAUCACAUGAUUGUAACCAAAAUACAAGCAAUGACGUAUCGAAAUUGUUUGAUCCGAUCAAUAUCUCCAACCUUGCGAAUUUAAGUGAUUCGUAUUAUAUGCCGUUGGAUCUUGAACAAAUUAGCUUUACCAUGCCAAUGGAGGAGUUAUCAACAGCACCACAAAGUCAUCGUUAUGAAGAAGAAGCUAAAAUCAAUGUAACAUUAAACAAGCAGAUUGAUCCAAUAAAACUAUAUGAGAAACAGCUGAGGGAAACACAACAGUAUUUGAACUUUUACAACUAUAGUUUUGAUACAAACCUAUAA